AUGAUUCCGCCUCUACCUUUCAUUCCGCUAUUGUUGGCGUAUGCUUUGUAUCAAGCAAUUACCUCGGCAUUACCAAGAUUGUUUCUUGUGCCACCACUGGGAUGGCAAACCAAGAUCCAGAAAGUGAUUGAUCACUCUAAACCCAUAUAUCUUAAGGUAGGACUGAAGCGGUCGAGUUUCCGCCGGCGCCUAAUUACAGCAAGUACCCAACCUUCUUUCUAUACCAAUUUCAACAACAACAAAUUGAAGUUGUUACCGGAAGAUUCCUCGAAUGUUGACGGCAAGUUCAUGAAUGCUAUGAAAAGUAGAGAUCCAGAAGAUCCUUCUCGCAAAGUCUUGUAUGGAUUUUUUCAUCCUUAUGCAAACAAUGGAGGUGGGGGAGAGAAGGUUUUGUGGCAAGCUGUGGAGGCUACUUUAUUGGAAGAUGAUAGGAACAUUGCCGUGAUAUAUACAACCAAUAUCGAUGCCAAACCUUUGGAGAUCUUGGCAAAGGCAGACCUGAAGUUCAACAUCAAGAGCCUUGAUUCUAAGAGAAUCGUAUUUAUUUAUUUGCGCAGGUUCUCUGCCUUGAUUGAUGCCGCCUAUUGGAAACACUUCACUCUUGUUGGCCAGCUCAUAGGGUCCGUGCUUCUAGGUCUCGAAGCCAUGUAUGAGCUCAGCCCAGACAUUUGGAUUGACACAAUUGGUCUUCCCGGGAGUUACUGGUUAGUCAAUUUGAUUCUCAAGGUGCCAAUUGUGGCAUAUGUGCAUUAUCCUAUCAUUCAACCAGACAUGUUCAACAAAUUGAAAUUCAAUUCCUUAGGUAGCUUGAAGUCAUUUAAGCCAAAUCUUGGCGAUUUGAAGCAAGCGUUCAAGUUCAUUUAUUGGAGUUUGAUGUCCUUUGUUUACACAUAUCUUGGCCUGUGCGUGGAUGUAACAUUGGCUAAUGGAAGCUGGACCUUCGAUCACAUUAAAAACAUUUGGAGCAGGAAUUCCUCAGAAUCCUUGAGUAUCUUGUAUCCUCCAUGUUCUACAGAGACCUUUGCGUACACUGAGGAAACUCAAGAACGAGAGAACAAGCUCCUCUACAUUGCUCAAUUUAGACCAGAAAAGAGGCAUCUGCUCAUUGUUUCUGAAUUCAACAAGUUUUUAAACAGCCUUCGAGAAGCUAAGGUGCCUGUUAGCUCAUGGCCAAAGGUCGUAUUCCUAGGCUCGUGCAAGACAAAAGACGACUCGCAUGUUCUCGAUGAUCUUCGAGAACAAGUCAAGCAAAUGGAGCUAGCAGAUUUUAUUGAGUUUAUUGUGGAUUGUUCUUUUGACGAAGUGAAGAGCGCCUUGAGCAGGUGCAAGUUUGGCUUGAAUGCCAUGUGGAAUGAACAUUUUGGCAUAGGAGUCGUGGAAUACGCAAGUUCGGGUGUGGUGCCUAUUGUCCAUGCAUCUGCUGGACCACUUCUUGAUAUUCUCAGUGUUAAUGGUCCAUCUCAUGGGUGGAAGAACGAUGCUGGCUUCUUUUUCAAGUGCGAGUCUGACCCUGACUAUCUAGGCGAGAAGAAGGAAAAUAUGUUGGUAUUUGACAUUAACGGCAGCCCCCUGAUGUUUCCCUCGCUAUCCCAAUUACUUGAUAGAAUCUAUAUCGAAGAGCCACAGGAGAUUGACUCGACGAGUAUGGAGUCCAAGAGAAAAGCUGCGUUGGCAUAUGUCACUGAGAAGUUUUCGAACGAGGCCUUUAGUCGUCAAUGGGCUCAAAAAAUGGGCGUUGCGUCGACGUUAGAGGCAGAAUACAGAAAGAAUAAGAGAGACAAGGUUUGCAAAGUUUACUAG